AAGCCUCCACUUCUCACAGCAAGUCACUUCCUCCACCCUUUUGCACCUUGUUCGACCAUCGAGGCAAGAAACUAGAAAAAUGAAGGCCUUUCAGGGAGAGAUGCCAGACUUCUCGAAGGAAGAAGAUAACGUUGUGACCCAUGAAGAUCGCAACUUGGUGCAGCGCCUGAUGGGUCGCCUUCCCGCUCUAUCUCGACGCAUGCUUUGGGAGUUUGCGAAGGCUUGCCAUACCCAGUACGCUUUGAAGAACAGCCAGAAGGCCAACUACGUGCGCAAGGAGGCGCUGAAUGCUACCAAACUGAAGAAGGACGCAAACCCCAGUACUUCACGUUUUCAAUGUAGGUCCAAUGAGUCUUAUGCUCCCAAAUCUAAAUGUAUGGCGAAUGAUGUCGGCAGGGUGCUCCUCUAGACGAGUCCGUUCUUUAUUGUCCAACCAUCUCCAUAUAAACGAAUAUCCUUAACACCUUGCAGCUUGGCGUGCUAUGGAAUCGGUCAACCGUGUUGCCCUCUUGGCGUUCCUAUUGCAAUGCAAUGAGGGAGAAGUUGAUGGCGCGAAGGACAACCAUUUUGCGGAGUUCGUUCAUUGGCUUGGAUACGAACCGGAUAAGGCGGUAUUAGUUUUCUCUUGCUAUCAACCUGUCUCCUUCUUCAUAAUAAGAGCUUCAAGAAAUUGCGGACACUUUCGCUCAUAUGAGAGCCGGAGUUUCAUUUGUCUGGCUUGAGCAAACUGAAAUAGCUAACCUUUCACUUUUUAGAGCAUACAAACAUCAUCAACCCUCACUACAAGCACUCAACUGAAUCUCUUAACAUGCAGCUGCCGACGAACCAGAAGAAGAUGCUGUCUCUGCGCGAACUCGCGACGCGAGUCGAGACGGCUUGUGUGACUCGUGGAGUGAGUCCGGAGAUGCGCCGCACAGCACUCUUCAACAUUAUGGACGGCGUGUCCCUUCCUCCGAUGAAGAGUAUGGCGACUGUACUGGAGGAGGCGAAGACCAGCGAGAAUAAGACAGGUGUGCAGGCUUCGUCUUCUGCAUCUUCCUCUAUAUCCAAGCAUGCUGCCGAGCUGAGUGCGGCUGUUGCUGCAGAGCGUGCUAAGAAAAGCCAGGAGGCGCUUGCCCUCAUGGACAAGGCCACUUCCGUUGAGAAGGAUGCUGAGCCGGACUGCAUUGUCCUGGCGAAUCCGCCGAUGCCUCAAGCCGCAGGGCACGGCUUCUACAAUCCAGCCGGCCUCAUGCCGCAGGCAGCAAACAACACAAUGCUCCCGAUGAUGCACAUGGGUGCGAUGAAUCCAGCACUGAUGAUGAACAACAUGGGAGGCAUGGGCAUGACUGGCGGAAUGGGUCCUGGGUAAUAUAUUUGGACUAUUUAGGUUUUUGCUAGGAUCCCGAGUAGUGUCAUCUGGACUUCAAUACAGGUUGUUCAUGCAGAUUUCUGAGAAGCUAUAACCUCUUCUUCUACGUCUAUGAAAAUUCAACUCCUUCCACCUUCCCUACUAAAACCCAAGAGAAAUACACAACGAAUCACAUAAAUCCUCCUCUUCAGUUCUCCGACCGCUUCGUCGACUGAGAGUCAAGCCGCACAAAUGCAGAACUACAUGAUCCAGUUGCAACAGCAGCAAAAUGCUACCCGGAUGCAGCAGCAGGCCAUGAUGUCCCAGAUGGGUGCAAACUUGGGAGCGAUGUCUCCACUGGGAUCUAUGGCCAUGCCGCAGCCAAACACGACCUCGAACGCGGCUUUUCAAGCGGCUGGAUCGCAGCUGGCGGCACCCACUACUGCAGGCUCGCCGGCUAUGGGUGGUCACCAUGUUCCGGCUCCGAUGGCUAUGCCUCCGGCAGAUACCAGUCUACGCAGUCGCGCUGCUGCUGCAGCUGGUAACGUUUGUCUACAGGUUGUUUUAGAUGUUGUGCGAACAGAUUUCAUUUGAGAAAAUUCACGCUCCAUCUUCAUAUCUACUUUUUCCGAUUUUUCAACAAACUUCCUAGAGUGAAGAUCUGGCGACCAUGUAGUUUAGAUGGAUGUGCAUACUCAAAAGAAAUCAUCUUUCACCAACUAAGUACCCCCUUCAUAACGCUUUCACUACUAUAGAUCUCAUAUCUGUCACCUCUACCAACAGGCUCCAAAAACGCCGAUCGCGAGCGCACUGACCGCCGUUCCACUGUUGCAGCGAUUGCUGACUUUGAUGCAGCCGCAGCCCUGUUCGCACAGAUCGACGAUGCCCCAGAAGAGAAGGGCGCUGCUGCCAUAAUGACCAAGGAGGAAAGUGACAACCUCUUUGAUGAGGCAAUGGCCAGCUUAGGCCUCGAGAGGCAGGAGUGA